AUGUGUGCUUAUCCACAGUUAUCUACUGCUAGCAAUUCUGAUGUUGUUACUUUUAACAAGAAACCUUUACAAGAAUUUGUUGAAGAUACACGACCAUUCAAAAGACUGUCCACUGAAAGAGGAGAAUAUGAUCACAAGUCGUUGGGAGAUUCAUUUACUGAAAUACAAGAAAAUGAUUCCAUGGAGUUGGAUAUCACAAUGAAAACUUCUUAUUCAUCCUCCCCAUCAUCAUCACUGUCCUCAUCCUCAUCAUGUGCAUCGUUUGUUAACACUUGCAGAACAACACCAGUAAUGUCGGCAACAGAUCACUGUGUAUCAACAGCUAACAGUAACAGUCGAAAUAAUACUACCAUGCUGCCGAAGUUAACAUCAUCACAAACCACAGAUUCCCAGAGUUCUUCAAAUGCUGCUAACCGUCAAGGCAAUAAUGACAACAGGUUACCAUCUUCAACUUCACUGUCUUAUUCCCCUAACCAUAAAUUUCCAUGUAAAAACGAUGAUUUUAUACACGAUGAAAAUAUGAAAGUGUUAACAGCAGAAAAACAGGAUGAUAAUGUUGAUGAUGAGGAAAACGACGAAGAAAGCGAGAAAUGUAAAACAGUUACUCCCGGCCAGCAUGGUUAUCAGCAGGUAGUAGAUACAAAAUCUGUUGAAUCAUUUUUCAGUGUAAAACAAACAUCAGUUCAAUUAUCAAGUACAAUUAUUACUACUAUGACCACCAGUACAGCAACAACAACAUCAACGACUAAUACUACUACUACUACUUCUACUGUCAGUAGUAGUGCUUCAUGUCCUAAAUUAAAGUCAACAACACCUUUCCAAUUUCCACCUCCACCUGUAUUAAUUGGUUUAGAUGACAGACGUAUAUUAACUCAUUAUAUUGAUGGUCAUGUUAUCUAUGAAAGUGAUAAACCAUUCCCUGUGAAAAAUGGUAUGGUAGUAGUUGAAGAAGCUCUUUUGAAACAGUUUUCAGGUGGCACAACAACACCGCCUAAAACCAUCUUGGUAAACGGCUAUGGUGAUGAAAAUGACGAGAAUAUGACAAAUAUCAAAUCCAUUACACCGUGUUCUCCUGUGUUAUCAAAUAAUAAUAAUAAUAAUCUAGUUAAAGCAAAAGAUGCAUUUAAAUCUGACACAACAUUGGUCACUUCUGCUACUUCUAAAACUAUUGGUGACUGGAUGAACCCAGUAAAAGUAUCAUGUGCAUCCACUGUUGGCAAUAAAAUUGUGAAUUUAGAAGGACAAACUAAUCACUCGACGAUACUGUCAAAUUAUGAAACACAACGUCAACUGUCAUCUGAGUUAUCCAGUGAUGUUCAUGAUGAAAAUGAUUCAUCCGCUAAUAUUUAUCGGUCAUCAAAAGGAAUUUUAGCCUCUUGUCCUCAUUCAACAAUACUGUCCUUAGCUAGUCGUCAUUCAGCCAAUGUUGUCUACUCUCAGCUACCUGUUGUUUCAAUUCCUGAUCGUCAAUCUUCAAAUCUACGAGGAAAUGAUCAAAGUGUUGAUUGUAAAACAAAUCAUGUGACAGGAAAUCCUUCAGAAUACUCUUCAGUUAUUGGUCAACAGCACCAAUGUCAUGAAUCUUUAAUGCAACCGUUGAGUAAACCAUUGAAUGAAAUCCAAUCCAGUAGUACUGGGACUACAGCGGGCUCAACAGGCAAUUUAUUUAAUCAGUCCGUAUCACCACCACCGCAACAACAUCAACAGCAUCAACAACACCAACAACGCUCUCAGACAACAAUGUUCAGUAGCUCACAACAGCCAACAUCUAGUCUGUUGACGCCUACUCCACCGCCUAAAGGUCCAGUAUAUAAAUGGACACCAGAUGAUGUUGUUGCCUUUGUCCGUGGUACUCCCGGAUGCAGUGCAUAUGCAUCAGCAUUUUUAAACAAUGAAAUAGACGGUGAAGCAUUAUUAUUACUAGCCGAGGAUCAAUUUAUUCAACCACCGAUCGGUAUGAAAAUUGGACCAGCAUUGAAGCUGGUUGCAAGACUAGAAUCAUUAAGACAUUGUUGUUGAUAUA